GCUUCUGCCAGUGCGCCCUGAGACCGAGAGGAGUUUGGACACGAUUAUAUACUCCAUACUCUGUCUCGGCGGUUUUUCCUGUCCUCUCUUUCUCGUGUGUGUUCGUCGCCUGUACACUUCCUUGAAUUUUACAACACACUUUGGAGGGAUAUUUUAUAAGAAAAAAUUUUGAAUUUUCCGGGGGCUCGUCGCGCAUUGCGAGUUUAUCAAUAGGUUAGUGGUAUAAUACUCGUAUACAUCAGGAUCGACGUCCUGCGAGCGGGGGCGUGUGAGAUUUCGGCGCGACGACUGGCGCCGCUCAAUCGAUACAUGUCGGCGAACUGUUGACGUGGUAGGCUGCGUUGGCGUUUUGCAGCUCUAUCUCUCGCCCACAAUGGGUAACUCGUCCGAGGCAUCAGCUGCAGCCGUAGCCCCGACGAGCUCGAGCCCUUGGAUUACGUCGGUAGCUGUCGAGGAGUCGGACUGUUGUGCGCAGUAGUCACCCGCCGCAGGGAUAUCUCGCAUAUAUGGGAAUCGGAAGCGGAGGAGACGCGAUGGACCCACACGGGCCGGAAAUCGUCGCCAUCCUCGGAGCCAUUGGCGCAACUGCCGGCGCUGUGUCGGCCGUUGUCGUCUACGCGCUUUGCGCCAGACGCAGACGUGUGCCGCUCAAUUGGUUCGAGAAGGACCUUCUGGACCGAGCGGAGGAGGCGGAAAAGUCGUCGAGGGAGGAGCACGCGCUGGCGAGUCUUCAUCCCACCCUCGGCAUCUUGGGCAAACAGGCGAGUUCCGGAGCAGCCAGUAUCAAGACGGAGGACGAGUGGCAGCAGCCGCGCGAAGGAAUUUUCAAUAACCGCGUCAAGGAGACUCGAGACGUGGGCCGCCACCUCUCAGAAUGCAGCUGCGACGAGGCAGCGGGAACAUCGAUGAGUCCACUGGCCCCACCACUACCCGGCGGCGGAGCCCUGGUGGCGAGCGACGAGCGUAUGGUCAUCCUGAGGAGCUUGCCCUUGACCAGCUGCACGAGCAACGGCUCCGAGUCGAGCUGCAGCGUCUCGGCGCAUGCUCGACUCUCCAGUACCGAUAGCGACGACAUAUCCUGCCCGCGUUCGGCCAACGAGACCCGGGGCGAGCUGCAGAUGAGCAUCACCUACGACGCGCCUGACGGCAUACUCAACGUCAAGCUCGUCGAGGCGCGCGACCUUCGCGCACGCGAUCUCAGCGAGACCGCCGAUCCGUACGCGAAGAUACGUUUGCUGCCCGACCGGAGCACAGUCAAGCAGACGAGAAUACACAAGAAAACUUUAAAUCCAGAGUUCGAUGAAGACUUCGUCUUCCAAGUGGCCCCGAACUGUCAGCUGGCGGAGCGCACGCUCGAGGUGUUGCUGUACGACUUCGACGCCUCGUCGAAGCACCGGGGACUGGGUUACGUGCAGAUUCCGUUGUCGACGGUAACCGACCUGGGCCUCGAGCCCAAAACCCUGACCAAGUCGGUGAUGCGCUACGGCGCCGAGGGCAGGUUCCGAGCUCCGCCUCUCGGUGAGCUCAUGGUGUCGCUGUCCUAUCAGCCGACCGCCGAGAGGCUCACCGUUAUCGUCAUCAGGGCCAGGAAUCUUCCGAUCAAUGACGAGACUGGCACCGCUACUUUUGAACCAUAUGUUCAGGUCAACAUAGUCCGGGAGGACAAAAGCUUGAAGAAAAAAAAGACAAGUAUCCGUCGCGAGGGCACGAGCCCGGUCUGGAGCGAGAGUCUCAACUUCGACCUGACCCCUGACGUGUUGGCCGAGUGCAUUCUGGAUUUCUCAAUCUUCCGGGCGAACGGCGAGCUGUUGGCUCGCUGCGAAGUCUCGGAACUACGUCAGCGCGAGCUCUUCCAUCGAGUCCUCGCAGGUGCUGGCGCCUCGGCCCAGUGGCUGCCGCUGUCCGAGCCUGAGAAACUCGCUCACGACGGUCAGCCGGAACUGCAACACCAGUUGUCCAAGUCGUCCUAAGCCGUUGGUUUCGAUGUAACUCGGGGAUUGAAUCUCUUGCGGGGAGAGAACGAUUCGAUUGCUUUGAUUGUCACGUGGAGCUGAAUGCUGGUAGUACCGUUGUGUCGUUGGAGGAAAUGUUUUUUCACUGUUCUUGGAGUAGAGAUUUUUAUUUUGAGAGAUAACCCUCGCCGCGAGAGGAUCGUUCUCCGGGUGAAGACGGGAGAAUUAACGAAAAUUGAAAAAAAAAAUGAAACAAAACAAAGCAACAAGUGUCGAUUUUGAUGAUAACGAAGAAACCAAAAAUUAAAUAUAAUACAAAAAAGAGUAAAAAUUAUAUUGUAUGUGGAAAGAAGAUAUUUUUUUGGAGGCGAAAGAUUUAAUUGCUUGUAUCAAUGUAAUUCUAGAGUUUAGAUGAGUACAAAUAUCUGUAGAACGGCUCCGACUAUUGGCAAUCGCGGGGACCGAUUUGUGUUUUUACUCGUAAUUUAGAGGAUUUAAAAAAUUAGAGAAGAUAAAACGAGUAUGUAGGUUUUUCAGUUUUUUUUUUUAUUGUUUUUUUAAUGUACAAUAGAACUGUACAAAAAAAGUGGACCCACGAGCAUUGGUUUAGUCAAACAGACCUGUAACAGAAAAGUAAAUAGUUUUUAUUAACAAGUUAGCUCCCAUCUGUGCAGUCACAUAGUAUAUUUUUAUAUAGUCUCAUUUGGAAAUUGCUCUUCAUGUAUUUAUUUCAGUAGCUAAUACAUGCUUAAUAAUCAUUGGAUGCUGGAUUAUUAUAAAAAUUGAAAUAAAAUGCUGUUUUAACUUA